AGUGAAUUAUGUAUAUGUAUAUACAUAACGUAUGUAUGUAUUUAUGUAUGAGAUGUACUAUGUGCCUUAUGUACUCCUAAUCGCCACAUGACAUUGCUUUGGAAUUUGUUUCUGUGUAAUUUUGUUGAUGUUUUUUUGUUGAAUUUUCUCAUGCAAAGACUUAUGGGGGUCAAUAGCUUAGAAUUAUGUCCACCAAAAAGAAAUUAAAAACAUUUUAAUCGACCAGAAAACCAUAUUUUGAAUGUCACGGAAAACGGAGUAAGUAAAAAUUUAAAUGCUAUUCAUAUCCUGGAAGUGUUAAAAAAUCUAAUUUGAUGACAAUACAUUCUGACUAAUCUAACAAACUCCAAAUGCACAAUGCAAUAAAACGAAACAUGACAAUGAAGCCGACCUUUAAGGAUAUUUAGACUGGUCGAUUUUGAGAAAAUUUACCAUAUCACGCAACUUAAGGUAAUAAUCACAUUAAAUGUAAUUCGGAAGUCUUGGUUUCAUUGCGUGAUCACUCGAUACUUAUUUUUAUAAUGAACACACACACACAUUAUUUAACGAUUUGCAUCUAAUCUUUGCAUGGAAUGGUAUGGAAGCAUAUUCGCAAAUUUAUAUUUUUCACACUCAAUAACUCAUUAUUUGAAGCGGUACAAAUUACCAGAGUGCACACAUAUGCUAUUUUUUUAAAUAAAGUAAAAAUUAUUUAGUAUCUACAAAUUAUAUGACUUUAACCUAUCUAGCACAGUCAAGCUUCGCAUCGUGUGCAGGUUACAUUAACGAUCGCAAUGUCGCAAAUCCUCAGAGGAUCUCUACUUCGCUGUCUCCCAUUCAUCAUAAUCAUCCCCCUCGCUCUUGUCGUCAUCCCGUGUUCUUUCCUCCUUUACCUUCCAUUUCUCAUCUACCGACAACUAGUGAUCCAAUGGGUGGCUUUAUUUAACCGUGACACUCUUGGAAAGAUUUUGACAACUCGGUCAAGUUUGCUCAUUGCGGACAAAAUAACUACGAGUCCUCGAUUUGCACUGGUUUCCUUCAUGGUGUUGGAGGGUGUCGUAGACAUUGAUCAUUUUAGGACAGUGUUUCAACAAAGAAUUUUAGAAUUAUUGAUUGAUCCGGAAGAUGUGACGGGACCAGGUGGGAAAACGUUGAGAUAUCCAGAACUUUCUCAGGGAUUUUCUUAUUUUGGAGGGUUUGGAUUUUGGAAGAAACUCGACAGUAUUGAUAUCAGAGAAUUAAUUUACUUUUACAAUGAUGACGAAAUUGGUCCUACAACUUGCGAAACUGCUUCAGAUUUUACAAAAAAACUGUGCUUUAAGCCAUUCCCGAAAGACAAACCACUUUGGGAAAUGGUAGUUUAUCCGAAUUUUAUCCCCGACCCCAAUAUUACCUCGGGUAUUUUACCAAACACUAAAUACACUGGAGUUUCUAUGCGCUGUCAUCACGGUCUAGCUGACGGGUUUUCUCAAUUCCGAGCCUUUCAAGCAAUGUCGACGUUAGGAGACACGUUCAAGUACAUCAAACCCUCCGAUUACACCAACAAAAAAUCUGGAAAUAAUAACCAAGCAAAAUCUUGUUGCUCCGGAUUUGCAAGAAAUGUUGCAUUGGUGUGUAAAAUGCUGUUUGAGUUGUCGCAAGCGAUAGUUAGAACACCAUUAUUGUUGGAAGACUGGAACGAAGUAAAAAAUAGAAAUUUCAAGAAAGUUCAACUGGAUAAGAACCGGAAGAGCAACCAGGAAAGUGACGACUUGUUGAAUGCAUGCAACGAUAAGCCGACAAAGUAUUUGUCCAGGUUUUCGUGCGACCCUUCUCGCAACUUCCCAAUAACAGAAAUAUCUGGAAUAAAAAAAGCUCAUUGUGUGAGUGGUACAGCGGUUUUGUAUUCUGCAAUCGUCGCUGCAGCGAGAAACACGAUAUUUUCAGAUAAAAUUCCUGAAAAUGUUCUGGUGGUCACUCCUCUUCCACUUCCGGGAGCGAGUGGAAAAUUGCGCAACCACAUAACGAUGGGGGCAGUUAUUGUUCCCUUUUCGGAGGAAAACCCCAUAAAAAGACUGCUCGAAAUGGACAAAAAAUUUCAAAACUUGAAGAACUCCACAAUGCCACUUGUAAAUGCCAUCAUGAUGAAGGCAGUUGGUGCACUUCCAUCAUUUCUUGUGUAUUUCAUACUGGGGCGAAUAUAUCAGAGCACGAGUUUUAUUACGGUGUCUAAUUUGGCUGGACCCACAACUCCGAUCGAUUUUGGAGGAUAUCCGGUACUCGAUUUCCUGUUCAGUUCUGGAGCGUCAGUUGGAACAAAUGUUCUCACAGUGUCACUAUUAUCAGUGUCUGGAAACAUCAGGGUGGGUGUUGGAGCUGAUAAACAGAUUAUCGAGUCAGACGAAAAGUGUCAAGAGUUUACAGAAAACUUUUUCAAAGAGUUGACAUUUUACAAAAAUAGUAUUAAUUUCGAGACGUCCGAUAGUGUCUGAUAUUCUUAUGUACAUAUUAGUCUAAUGUAUGCGUGAGUCAUAAAUGCGUAAUAAAGAAGUACUCCUCUACCAUGAAA